GGCUUGUUUUCACACGGGAAAUUCACGUUCCAUUUAUUGGAUCAGUCCAAAACAGAAAGUUGGAAAGUAAAGGGCCCUGCAUUUUUUCUGAGCUUUUGCUGAAAGGCAGCCACGCUGAAGCGCCAUCAAGAAAGCUGCAAGGAGCGGCUCCCCUUUUCUCUCUCUCUCCUUUUUUUUAGUGACUUAAAACGGGAACCCGGAAGUGAAAAAUUCGAAACGGACACCUUCGCUCUACAUUUUCGUAUCUCGGCAACGCUUCCCCCGAAACUUGCUCGCCUUGCCGCGGCGACGCGCGUCACCGGAAGGAACCACCCGAAAGAAUGCUCUGGCGGCCAAUCAGGAUCACGUUCGGAAAGAUGGCGGCGUUCGGGGGCCGAGGGUCCUCCGCGAAGGAGGGAAGUGGGGACACGGCGCGAGCGGACUCGGACCUCCUGUUGCAUCCGGAGCUGCUCUCGCAGGAGUUCUUACUCCUGACGCUGGAGCAGAAGAAUAUCCCAAUAGAAGAUGAGGUGAGAAUCAGUAAGGAUGGCCUUACUGAUCUAUAUGUUCAGCAUGUCAUACCAUUGCCUCAGCGUGAUUUACCCAAAACCAGAUGGGGAAAACUAAUAGAAAAGAAAAGAGGUCAGCAAGUGUUGAAACAUGGCACCCAAAGCAUUAUGGCAAUGGAAAGUCUAAGGAAAAGGCCUCUCAUUGUGUUUGAUGGUAGCUCAACAAGUACAAGUAUUAAAGUGAGGAAGACUGAGAAUGGAGCUGCUGAUGGUCUAAAAUUCCUUACAUCUGGAAGUAACAAUAUCGCGUGUAAAAGACUGGCUAUUCCUUCAAAUUCCUCAUCAUGCAUAUCUGCUCCCACCUUUUCAUCAGACGUUAAAAUGAAAUCUAGCAAUAAUGAGGCUAAGCAGAACAAUAUUAUAGUUAGUAUGUCAUCUAGUCAAAAGCCAUCAGUUUUAGAGCCUCUUACAGGAACUACUGUUGUGAAAUUAAAGAGAGCUGCUCCAAAAGAAGAAUUGGAUUCAUCAAAUGGCCUAAAGCCUACUGAAUCAAAAAAGAAGAUCCAGCAUGUAACAUGGCCAUGAACCUACAGGAGUUAGGAAUGUAAAUAAUGCUUAGUCUUCAUUACAGUACAGAAGAAUUGUAUUAAACAGAGUUGCAGAUUGCAGUGGGUUAUUCAUAAUGCUUAGAACUUCACAGUAUAAAGGAGGCACCAUAUCUUCACCAUCAAGUUGAGAACAUUUCUGUUGCACUUUGAAUUAUUUAGUUCCCAUUUUAGAAGUUCAUUUUGGUAGAACAAAAUGGUUUUACCAGCCUUUCUUUGGCUUUCUUAACCGUAGUCUGUAGGUCAAGUCUUUGCAUGAUCUGGUAGAGAAAACUGUGUGAGUUUAUAACUGUUCCUGUUCAGUUGUACAACAGAAUAUUUUUUAAAAAUAUAUACAGAUAUAUUUAGAUGGUAUGGAAGACUGUGCUUCCUCAUUCUACUGGUUUUCCCAAGAUACUUGCACAGAAUAGUUCUGUCACAAGGCCUAGGAUAAAUAUUUCUAAUUCUUGGGUGCCAAUAUCACUUUUUAAGAAAAUAUCUGGGUCCUUUCCUAGGUGAAACCCUGAACUGUGCACUGGCUUUGCUUCAAAUUGAAGUUUUUGUUAACAUGGAAGAUCAAAUGGAUUUUUGUUGUCUUUGGAGAUACAUAGGCAGAAGCCCCCCACCCCCAAGACUGUGAGAAAAAAAAGACUGUGUGAACUAGAACUGUAUUUUUAUACAGUAUGUGACAGGUAUUUUAUACUAAAAAUUUUUAAGGAAGGCUUAUUUAACUACAAAAUGCCUGACAAAAUUCAGAAGGAAUGUAAUGUUUUCUUUUGGGGGAGAUGGGCGGUAACAAAAUUUGAAUAAUAAAUAGAUAAACAAAUGCUUGUUCUACUUAUUUGUGAAACUAGAAAAGAGAUGAACUUAUCAUACAGAGAAUAUGCAGUGGAAGUUUACAAGGAUGAAAGUUCUGUCUGAAUAAAUUCUGUAUUCUUUUCUUGUAUGAGAUAAAAAGCAUCCCAGGGGGUUAAUAAUGUUAGACUCACAUUUGUAUGCACAAAGUAGUUUUAUGUCAUAUGUGUUAAUGAAAUUGUAUUAGUUAAAGGCUCUGAAGAUGCUGGCAGCAUCUCGGUGAUAAAGAUAAUUUAGUUUCAAAACUUGUAAAUGUUAACAGCUUCCUAACAAUGAAAUAUACUUCUGAAGCAGAAGUAAAGUGAAAUAUAAUUUUUAUAAGAAUUGCUCACUGUAUUGGGGAGGGAAAAAACAACACAUCUAUCCAAACUGAGUACAUUUAAGUUAAGUUGGUAACAGUAAGGUAGGUAAAAUACAUACCACUUAUGAACAUUUAUGAGAUUUAGCCCACAGUCCUAUAUGCCAUUACUUCACAGUAAGUUCCAUUUAGCUUACAUUUGUGUACUCACACUUAGGACUGCAUUAUUGACCUACAAUUUCCAUUGCCUACAUUAUGCCCCAAGGCAUCACUGAGCACUUCAGAAUAUAAAGAAUGGUGUAUUGAAGUGUAGUUGAAUUUGCCUCUUCUUAAACACUCGUGCAAGUUUUCUACUUAAGUAUACAGUUUAAUUUUGUGUUUUUGUAUUUGGAUUGCUGUAUUUUUAUUAGCUUAUCUAAAUUAAAUUAAAUUAAAUGUGAUCUCUUGUAUG